AUGGAUACAUUUCUUGAGCUAAAGAAUUUGCAAAAUUUGUUUCUGUCAAAGAAUGAUUUCUAUUUAGUUUCUAGAAAUAAUAGCAAUGCCACCGGUGCUCAGCUUGUUGAUAUAGGGUUGCGGUACUGCCAUCUAACAGAGUUCCCAUAUUUCUUGCGCAACCAACACCGCUUGCAGCUUCUUGAUCUUUCUUCAAACAACAUUAAGGGCCAGAUACCCCAAUGGAUGUCCAAAGUGAGCGUUGAAACUCUCUUUUUUCUAGACCUUUCAAACAACUCUCUCACCGGUUUUGUUGAAUUCCCAAUUGUUCUUCCUUGGUCUAAACUACAAUAUCUGAAACUUGAUUCCAACAUUCUCCAAGGUUCACUCCCUGUUCCACCCAUGUCUACUCUUUUCUAUUCCAUCUCAAACAAUUCUCUAAGCGGAGAAAUCCCACAGCUGUUGUGCAAUGUCAGCACUCUUUCUAUUCUUGACGUUUCCCAGAAUAACUUGACUGGUAACAUGCCAAUGUGUCUGAGCAACUUCAGCAAGCUCUUGUUAGUAUUGAGGGUGCGGUCCAACAACUUGCAGGGUCCUAUUCCUAGUGGUUGGACAAGUGGAAACAGAUUAAAAAUGAUAGAUUUGGGAAGAAACAACUUGCAAGGUGGGAUUCCAAAAUCUCUGAUGGCGUGUAGAAUGUUGGAAUAUCUUGAUCUUGGAAACAAUCAGAUUAGGGAUGGAUUCCCUUCAUGGUUGGGGUCACUUCCGCAGUUGAAUAUUCUUAUUUUAUCCUCGAAUGCACUUUAUGGUACCAUAGGGGACCCUACGUCGAAUGUCAUCGUCUUCCCUAAGUUGCGAGUCAUCGAUCUCUCUCACAACGGAUUCAAUGGAACCCUGCCAUCAGGUUACUUUGAAAGAUGGAUCACCAUGACAAGUCUAGAUGGGAAAAACUCACAAGCUUCUUACAUGGUUGAAAAUUCAAAUAUGAAGAUAAAUGACAUGCAAGUUCCCAGGACUUAUGCCUACUCAAUGACAAUCACAAACAAAGGCACAGAAAUGCAGUACCCAAAGAUCAUUAAGACUCUUGCAGCCAUUGAUUUCUCCUGCAACAGAUUUGAUGGAGAAAUUCCAGAAUCCAUUGGGAAUCUCAAAGAGCUUCAGUUGCUCAAUUUUUCGAAUAACAAUCUAGUUGGAGGAAUCCCAAAAGCUAUAGCGAAGCUUACUAAUCUUGAAGCUUUGGACCUUUCAAGGAACAAGCUAGAGGGAAGAAUUCCUUUGGAGUUGAGUCCUGGACUCAAUUUCCUUGAGUUCCUCAACCUCUCUCAUAAUCAUCUCACAGGGAUUAUACCACAGGGCCACCAAUUUGAUACUUUUCAAAGUAGUUCCUUUGAAGGAAAUCCAGGGUUGUGUGGAAAACAAUUGCUAAAAGAAUGUAACACUAAUUCUGGAGGAUUGCCAACUCCAUCUUCAACUAGUUCAGAAGAGUCUGGAUCAUUGGAUUGGAUAGCAAUAUUUCUGGGCUAUGGAUGUGGAUUCCUAUUUGGAACAGUGAUUGGGAAUGUUGUGAUCAAAAGGAAAUAUGAUUGGUUUACCAAGACUUUCUCCAAAAUUCAUGGAAGCACUCGAAUGAGCUGA